AUGGCUGCAGGGCUCAAAACUAUCAUUCUUCUUUCUUUCGUCCUUGCCCUCGGGUUCCUCCUCGUCAUCCUCUCGUGCGCCCUCUUCGCCAAUUGGCUUCCUCUCCUUGUCGCUCUCACCUUCGUCUUUGCUCCUCUGCCCAACGCUCUCUGCACUCGGUGCGCAGGCCAAGAUGACUUUAGCGCAGACUACAACAGCGCCUAUGUUGACUUUGGCAACUGGCUCACGAGCGGUACCGUCGUCAUGGGCUUCGCCCUUCCCAUCACCCUGGCCCAUGCGGGCGUAAUCCAUGAGACGGCGGGGCUCAUGAGUAUCGUUGGCGGGGCUCUCGUCUAUGGGACCAUCUUGACAUACUCGGGCUUCUUCAGCGACUCGGGCGAUGACCUCUUCUAG